AUGACCGACCAAACACAAUGUACAACAAAUACGCGAAGGAUAUACCUAACGCCAGAGGAAAUUUUGGCAGAAAUGACUUAUAUCUGCUCGUUCGAAAAUUGCUAUACAAUGCUGUACAACUUGGCAAAUUUGCAGAUGCAUCUUACUCGACAUCACAAAGCUCCCGCAUUGAACCUGCAGUCCAUGAGUAAUGCUGCUAAAUCUGAGCAGAAACUAUUCUACUGUCCCAACGUAAGCUGUUCCUAUCACCAAACUCCCGAAGAAAGUGGCAACGGUGCGCGACAUUUCAGCUCUCUUCGGUCACUGAAACAGCACUAUCUGAAGAUGCACGGUGAACGUAAGCACCGUUGCGAGCAGUGCGGAAAAUCGUUCGCUACCGAAAGCUACCUCCGUCAUCAUCGAUUAUCUUGUGGCCAAAAAUUCACCUGUACACAUUGCUCAUUCUCGUACGGUUCCAGAGAAGCAUUGCUGACGCACGCCAAACGGAAGCAGCACGGUUACGAAGAAUUGCUUUCGGCAAAGAAGCCAAACCGCGUGAAACCUGCGAAAAAACAUGUACCGAAAUGCGUUAGUACCGGAACGCAAACAUUUACGGAGCUGUCAGAAAGCAGAACAACACAAACGAUCGAUUCAUCCAAGAUCAAAGAUAAUCCACGAGAAGAUGUAUUUCAGUUACCUAUUGAAACUGCAACAGUCACACACACUAGUCACGCUUCCCAGGCAAUGGAGAACGUCGAACCUUUGACUCCCUUCGUUUGUACCGAAACGCAAACAGAUUUCAUUGAUGUAAUGUUUGCAAAUACGGAAAACCGUCAUGAUCCGCUGCUAUCCUAUGCCCACAUGUACACGCAGACAUCCGACGAACCGGGACUGUUUGCUGAUCUGGGAUUGUCUACGACAGAAACGCAAACGAGUUGGAACGAGGAAACUGAAACGUUCGGAGACUAUCUUGUGUCGACGGAAACGCAAACCAAUUUCGACAUCGACAGCUUUGAUUGCUCCAGCAAUAGCAUCGGUGAUAAACCAGAUUCUGCUAACAGCAAGCAAACGCAGAUGCCUGAAGCAAUGGCAGAUGAUUUCCACUUACUGAGAGGAUCUAAUUUUCUUCACGAUAUUGCUGAUUCGAUCGAUCAUCACACGGCCGUCCACACACAAGUAUCAUGAUAUAAGGAGAACCACGAAGAGGAUCGCAACUAUAGGAGAUUUAAAUUCUAGCCGUACAAUUCAACGUUCACAAAGGACUACCUACUAGUCCUAUUCGAUACUAAUGUGUGAUAGGUCUUAUUGAACACGUUAUAAUACGUGCAUACAUGCACUGCCAAACGCACUCGCACAAAAUUCCUUCAUUAUGGAGUACAACUUGGAAGAAACAUAUGGCUGAUGAUUUCAAUAAGAGGCACUAUGUUUUAGUCUGGUAGUAAAGGUUGUUAUGCAAAUGUAAGCUGUUAAAUAAAUCGAUUUUAUGAACCCUUA